AAAAAGGCUACUUGCAACGACUGAUGACAUACUUUCUCUUGAGAUUAUCCAUAGGGUGGGAGCUGAGGAGGGAUGAAAAUAAAACUGUUAGAAUACCUUGCUUAUUAACACAUGGCCCAGAACAAAACUCCAUUAUUUCACUACAGCUUACCUUAAAAAACAAACUUAAAGCAUGAGAAUCCUCUUGGCAUGCAUGACCACCCAGGGGCACCAAACUUUCUGUUAAACUGCUUGGACACCUGGUUCCUCCUUUGAGCGAAAUUUCUUUUUGUUCAUGACAGUUGAGGUCCAAACAGCCUUUUUGCAAGGUCAGGUAGUAUGUCUCUUUACUGGCUUUGCCCAACUUUGGGAGGGAUAGCUGGGGUGUGUGUGUGUGUGUGUGUGUGAGAGAGAGAGAGAGAGAGAGAGAGGCAGGGGUGGGGAUGUGGGAGUGUGAGCAGGCCCCUAGAGACUAUAUUUUUGCUCAUAACACCUCUAUACAUAUCUAUUUUUAUUUCCUUUGAGAGGAGUCAGAAGGCAACCUCAGAGUCUAACCCUUCUCUUGACAGCUCAAAGACUCCCAGGCAAGUCAUAUUCCAAGACGCAUCAUGUCCAGUUUCGAAGAUGCUGAUACGGAAGAGACAGUGACUUGUCUCCAGAUAACUGUUUACCAUCCUGGCCAGCAGCAAAGUGGUGUAUUCCAAUCAAUAAGGUUUUGUAACCGAGAAAAACUUCCUUCCAGCGAGGUGGUGAAAUUUGGCCGAAAUUCCAACAUCUGUCAUUAUACCUUUCAGGACAAACAGGUUUCCCGAGUUCAGUUUUCUCUGCAGCUGUUUAAAAAGUUUGAUAGUUCAGUUCUCUCUUUUGAAAUUAAAAACAUGAGUAAGAAGACCAGUCUGCUUGUGGACAACAAGGAGCUGUGCUACCUAAAUAAAAUAGACCUGCCUUACAAGUGCAUGGUCAGAUUUGGUGAGUAUCAGUUCCUGAUCGAGAAGGAAGAUGGAGAGUCAUUAGAGUUUUUUGAGAUUCAAUUUAUUUUGUCUCCAAGAUCACUCUUGCAAGAAAACAACUGGCCGCUCCAGAAGCCCAUACCGGAGUAUGGUGGUUACCUAUCCUGCUCCACCCAAAACACUUCUCCUACAGAAAUGGAUGAAAAUGAAUUGUGAACACAGAGGGCUGAGAGGAGAAUCAUGAAGGAUGAAGAAAUCUGUAGACAUUUUAUGGAUACUUCACAGUUUAUUAGUAUUUUACAGUCAUCUGUUGUCAAAUUUGGCAACUUUUAUUAUCAUUUUGAAGUCUUUAAAUUGUAUUAGUCAUCAGUUUAGUCAUUUGUUACAUUCCUAGAUGUAUUUUGGAAUUACUGUGUAUUAUUAAGAAUUAUUAAGCAUAUUUAAGUGUACAUCUGUGAGGGUUAAUGUACAAGAAGUAUCCGUGCUGAUGAAGGGAUAGUGUUCUCAGUAGGAUUAUUUUCUUUUUAUGCUUGCUUUUAGUCCUAUGUUUUGUUUUGUAAGGAACAGUCUCUUGGUUUGGUCAUAUUUCACAC